GGGCGCGAGGAGGAGCUGGAGCCGUUUGUAGUGACACUCCUUUUGAACGCGAGCAGAGGUGAUGUGAGCCAAAUGUGAGAGAGCGACUUUAUUCAACACUACACGUGGAUCUGAGCGUUUGCGGACGACAUGAGAGAGACGACAGACUCAAAAUGAACUCCGACUGGUCCAAGCCUCCUCCAGUGCUCAGCUCACACUCCCCGCUCAUGUCUUCAACUCGGGGUCCCAAACCAUCUGUCGCCCCUAAACCCAGAAAACUCUUCCAUAAUGGGAUGCCACCAGAACUGCCAAACCAGGUUGGCUACCCUAACGGCAGCUUGAAAUGUAACUUUAUCGACAAUGGGAAUGUUCUCAAAAUGCAAGAUGUUGUGCAAAUCGUCUUGAAGAAUGGUGACGAAAACAAAAGAAAAAUUGAUGAAGAUUGGAGAUUGAGUACUUUGACUGAAAAGACGGAUUCGCUGGAGACUUUGGAUACAGUUGAAGAAGUUGAUUCGACUGAGGAUGUUGUUGAGGUGGAUGUUUACGAUGGAGGUGAAGCAAUGGCCGACACAGAUGGGAUUUCAAUGGGAGAUAUUUCGGUGAAUAGUAUUGGCCUAGCGUCAGAGGACAAAAUGGAAGACAUGAAGGAUUCAAAUACAGAUUGCAAUCAAAUGAAAGCUGUUUUAAGAAAAGAUUUGAGCCCCACGAACAAUACUGCAUCACCAAAACUUAAACCUUUCAAAUUCCAUAAAAAUGUCUAUACGCAAAAACAGUGCAAUGAAGAACAAAACAGUCCGGAUUUGAAACUUGAGACUGACAAUUUGAAUGUGGAUAGCAACAAAUUAGCACAGGUUAUUGGUAAAAAUUUUAACAUAACGAACAACAAUGCGUCACCCAAGGUGGUCCAGGUUAACAUUGAAAGAAUUGGUUCUUUCAACUGUCAGAAAAAUGCAUAUGGAAAAAUGGUGGCUAUGCAAUGCAAUGUCAAGGAAGAAGAACCUGAAUAUGUAUUUCCAUCCAAACUUGAAAUUGGAGACUCAAAUUCAAAUUGCAAUCAACUAGAAAACAUGAGCAAAGAUUUGAACUUAAAGAAUAACAAUACAUCACCAAAGCUUGUGUCUGUUAACAUUGACAGAGUUGGUUCAUUCAAACUUCAUAAAAACCCUUACAGGAAUUCGAUGGGAGGAGGUAUAGAUGAAUCAGACUAUGUUUUGUCUGAAGAGUAUGUUGAGAUUGGUAGCAAAGAUAAAACCAGUGAUUCAAACACAUUUUGCACAUGCCCGGACAAGAAUUUUGGGAUAGAUAAGCAACAGAAAGCACCCAUAUUUGAGCAUUGUUCAAAUAGUCCAGAUUGCCAGCCAAGAUUCAGGCUUGUAUCCAUUUCAAAAGCAAGGGAGACACAGCUAUCAUCGUCACUGUCUGAGCUGCUCUUUCCAAGCGACUUAUUCGACAAACUGGACUCUCCGAUCGCCCCUUUCGACUUGGAUUUUAACGAAGACCACGUUUACGAUACACCGGGACGCAAGACUUCAAUAGGAGCACGAACUGGAUCAAUGUCACAAAGGAGUAGUGAUUUAAGAAGCUACAAAAGCGGUAUUGUUGGACAUAGUGGUAGCCCGAUGCUAGUGAGACAUGCAGGAUAUCAAAAACCUCAUUAUUUACCAUUAUACCCAAGAUCUUUGUCAAUGGAGGGACAGGAGAUGCAAGGUUCCCCAAUGCGAAAUCGUGCAAUGUUUGCAAAUUUUAGCCAAAAUUCACCUCUCUCCACACCAACUUCAGUAGUGGAGAUCCCGCCUCCAUUCGAGCUAGCGUACAUCACCAAAAAGCCGAUAACAAAAAGUUCACCUUCGCUACUUAUUGAAACUGACCCUUCUGAGAAAAAUAAAAAGAAGAAAUCUUCCUUGAAACGAUUUUUGAUGUUGAAAUUUAAAAGGAAAGGUGACAACAAGCAACCUGCAAUUUCGCCUACCAGUAGAUUGACAGAUUUGGAUACACAUAGCUUGACCAGUUCGCCAAAUCUGAACUCAAGAAGUCAACAGCAAGAGCCAGCUUUCUUACAUUAUGAUAGUAAGAAAAAAGGUGGUUCGGUGUCUUUUUUGAAUCGUAGCAUUGUCAGAGUUGAGUCAUUCAAUGAUCGCUCCCAUGUCCCUUUUGCACCUCUUCCUCUCACUAAACCUCGGUCAAUUUCAUUUCCAAUCACAGACAAUUCGGAUUACGAAAAUGUCCCAGCGAUAAAUUCGGAUUAUGAGAACGUUCAGGUCCCACAGAGGAGGCCCAUGAAGCAGUUUCCCUUCACUGAGUAUUUUGAACGGUCUAACCGACAAAAGACGACAGCGAACGACACAGACGGAUAUGUGGACAUGAGCAGCCUGCCAGGGUUUGAGAAAAAAGUGCAUCCUCCACAAGAAGAAACUGAAAGUGCCUACACAGAGGCGUACAACGUGUGCUCGGUAGCUGUUGCUCCAGUGACAGACGAAGAGCAGGGACCCACUUCAGACGAGGAGGGCUGCAACGCUGACAGCUCCUACCAAAGACAGCCUGAUGGUCUCUCCAGAGCCUAUUAUGUGGCUAAAGAGCUGCUGGACACAGAGCGACAACAUGUAAAACUCCUCAAGCUUCUUCAUGAUGACUUCCGUGAGGCGGUGCUGUCUGCGGUGGACUCAGAUGGGCAGCCCGUGGUGCAGGAGGAGAGGCUCAGGGAGAUUCUGAUCGAGUUACCUGAUGUCUACAGCCUUCACCACAGGAUCCUGUCUGAGCUGGAGGGACGCAUCCGACUGUGGAGUGACAGUCAGAAGAUAGCAGACAUCUUCUUGAUGAGGAAGCCUGAGUUCCUGGUCUUCACCACAUUCAUCGGACAUUACGACCGCAGUGUAUCUCUGUUGGAGGAGAGCUGCAGGACCUCUCCAGGGCUCUAUGAUGUGGUCCAACAGUUUGAGAUUUCUCAAAAGUCGUCUCUGAAACACCAACUGCUGCAGGUGAUCGUCCGUGUGGCUCAGUACAGAAUGCUUCUCACCGAUUACCUCAACAACCUGUCCCCCGACUCCCAGGAAUAUGAAGACACUCAGGCUGCUGUGACAAUAGUGUCCGACAUCGCAUAUCAAGCAAAUGACAGCUUAAAGAAUGGGGAAAACUUAUUGCGUUUGGUCAAUAUCGACUACAGUGUCAGAGGCCAGAGGGACCUGCUGCAGCCGGGGCGGGUGUUCAUUAAAGAGGGAACAUUAAUGAAAGUCAGCCGGAAGAGUCGACAGCCUCGUCACCUGUUUCUGAUGAAUGAUGUUCUCCUUUACACAUUCCCUCAACAAGACGGAAAAUACAGACUUAAAAACACACUGCAGCUGACUGGGCUCAAGGUGAGUAAACCUAUUGUUGACAGUGUCCAAAACGCUCUAAGGAUCGAGUCAGAGGACCUCUCCAUCACUCUGUCGGCCAGUUCAUUCAUUGAGAGGGAGGAGUGGUUUUUCACUCUGAGUCACACAGUGAAUGAACAUGCACGUGGUUCAGCUCCGAACAGUCCAUCUGAUCCCAGAGAGCCUGUGUGGUCAUGUUUAGGGGAAAAAGCUCCUACAUUUGUCCCUCUGUCUGAGCCGACAAUUUGCAUGAGCUGUACCUCAGAGUUUAGCCUGACCUCUGCGCGCCAACACUGCCACAGCUGCGGAAGGGUUGUGUGUAGAAACUGCUCCAAAAACAGAUUUCCUCUGAAGUACAUGAGGUAUCGAAUGGCCAAAGUGUGUGAGCACUGCUACAGUGAGCUGAAGAAGAAAGGUGAAGACACAGCCCCAGGAGCUGACAGCCCUCGCCCGGCUCGCAGUCGCCCCUUGUCUGCUGUGUUUCAGAAUAUCCACACCCCCAAACACCUGUGGAGGCACCGCAGAGGAACUCUCUCAUUCAAUCAGGUGAUGGUGUGUGAGGAGGGGGCCCUCAGUGGCUCUCUGCAGCGAAGUAAAACAAAGAGGAAUUGGAAACGCCUGUGGUUUCUGCUCAAAGACAAGGUGCUUUAUACCUACAGAGCGCGAGAGGAGAAGGUGGCGUCAGAGACCUUACCUCUCCUGGGCUUCACGGUCAAACUGCCGGACAGAGUUCAGGGAGAAGAAGAGGCCACUGUGUUUCAGCUGUACCACAAAAACACUCUGUUCUACACGUUUAAAGCAGAGGACAACUUCACUGCUCAGAGAUGGGCCAACGCCAUGGAAGAAGCUACUGUUUUAUAGGGACCAUUUUUACACUUGUCCUUGCACCUAAAAUGUGACUGCCUAUGCACAUUUCCUUAUUGGACCAAACGGACACACCUUGUACUGUCGGAGGGGACGCUCUCGCCUACUUAACCAGCCUCACUGCGCCCUCCCAGCUGAUGCAGCAGGUGGGCCCAGGGAGAGUGGCCUAGAUACUUACCACUGUGCAGUCUGACCUGUAUUUCUGCAAUGCAACUGGUUCACACAGCUGCCUCCUCUGAAUCAUGGAAAAUAUUGUAGAUUAUUUUUAUAUUUGAGAAAGAAAUGUUUAAUUUAUAAUUGUACAGGGGAAAUACACAGAUUUUGGCCACAUUAUGGGUACAUGUGUUUGUAGAUAUUCAUAUAGCAGCAAUUCAAUACAUUUAGUCCUGUUGACAGCAAACAACCUGACAUUUAUAUAAAAAUACAGUUUACAUAAAUGUAUUAUUUUGUACCGAAAGAAGUGUAAAGUUAAAGGGCCUAUAUUGACUAUGUUAUGCUAAAGUUCCUAUUUUGAUUUUUUAAAUUUGUUAAAAUGUUAUAUCCUCACAAACCUACCUAUAUAGUGUUUAGACAGUUUGGUAAAAAAAAAUUCUGGAUAGAUUAAACAGAGACUAAACAGUGGGUUAGAGUUUUACUACAGCUCAGCUGUACGAUACAGCACAGUGAUAAUAUUGUAGUUAACAGUGUAAAUAAGGUAAUUACCCAUGGAAACAGUCUAUGUGCUUUAUUUUCUAGUAUUUUCAUGCUUUAAUCUUAUAAUCUCAGUAUGACAUCUAAAUGACCUGGAAACAUCAGUCAGUAUUGGUAAAUAAUAUACCACAGAAAGUUAGUGCAGAGACCUGAGCACAGGACUUAUGUGAUCGUACCUCCUGAUUUUAGAGACUGGACCAAGCUUUAGCAAUUCAAAACUAAAUAUUGUAUCUGUCAAAUGCCCAGAAGUCUUCAAAAUGGCACCUUAAACAGGAAACCCAUGAAUAUGCAUAUAAUAGACCCUACACAACUUUGUGGAUUUGGUUAAUAAUACUUUGACUUUGAGUAUUUUUAGCAAUCUUAAAAAUAUAGUCUUUUAGUCACGUUUUCAUUUAUUGUCACAUUUACAAACAUUCAAACAAUUGUACCUAAUAAUGUGGCCAUUGCUGAUAAGUAGUUCCCUCCAUCUCACAAAUGCCUUUAUGCAAACUGUCAUUGCCUUUAAUUUAGCGUUUAGUGUUCUUCUAACGGGAUUCAUGUAUUUACUAUGGAGUACUUUUAUAUUACUGUACUGUAACACUGGGGCCAUUCUUCCAGUUAUUUUGAUGCUUUUUGCACUGAUUUAAAACAAAAAUAAAUCUAUAAAAAUGUUUUAGAUAAAAGGAUAUAAUGUUGCAUAGUCCGAACUCUUAAAUGUGCACUUAAUGUUUUAUCAUAUCUGUAAGACCAAUAUCUUUUCUUUGGAAUAUAUUAAACCUAAAGUAUUAUGUAUUAUAUUGAGAUAAUUGUAAAAUGUGAGUUCAAAUACAGAUUUAUCAAUAUAGCUUCAAUUGUACUUGUAUUAUUGAAGUUAAUUUUUGU